UCCCAGCGCCGCAGGCGGGUGGGCGGUGUGGGGCUGCCGCGGGAGCAGAUGGGGCGGGGGGCCCGCGGGCGAGCGGCUGAGGCGGCCGGCGGCGGCCGGCGGGCAGCCUGAAAUGGCGAAGGCUCCGCGCCCAGGCAGCAGUGACUCAAAAAUGCCUCCUCAGAAAGCCCAAAUCUCUGCACUGUGAAAGCAGAGCCCUUCAGAUGUGAUGCAGGCAGUCCACCUACAGUCCGUGCAGGAAAAGCUGGCCCACGCCGAUUCAGUGCUGCUCAGUGGCACAUGCAGAACGUCCUCAAAGACUCUGUGGAGAGCUCCGAUGAUGAAUUCUUUGAUGCGCGAGAAGAGAUGGUGGAAGGAAAAAGUGCCAUUCUCAUAGGGAUGAGCCAGUGGAACUCAAACGACCUUGUUGAACAGAUAGAAACAAUUGGGAAGCUGGAAGAAAAUCAAGGUGAAGAGUCUGCAUUUUGCUCAUCUGGCUUUCUACAGGAAAAACAACGUGAAUUAUAUAGAGCCUCUUUAAGAAAACAAAGGUUCCCGGCACAGAGCAGUGUUGAAAUACAGGAGGACAGUGAGGAAGGAGUUCAACGCCAGAACUGCAAAACUCAUGUGCUAAUUUUGAUCCUGCAUGGGGGGAACAUCUUGGACACUGGAGGCGGGGACCUCAGCAGCAAGCUGGCAGACAUCAACACCUUCAGUUCUGUGUUUGAGAAGGUGACCCAAGCCCAUUUCCCUGCUGCUUUGGGCCACAUCUUAAUCAGACUUGUUCCCUGCCCAGCAAUCUGCUCAGCAGCUUUCUCUCUUGUUUCCAACCUCAGUCCCUACAGCUAUGAUGAGAGCUGUCUCAGCAGCAGUGAAGACCACAUCCCACUGGCUGCCUUGCCCUUGCUGGCUGUUUCAUCCCCUCAGUACCAGGAGGCAGUUGCCAUGGUGAUCAGUAGAGCCAAUCAAGUUUACAAUGAAUUUCUCAAAUCUACAGAUGGGGCUGGUUUUAAUGGACAGGUGUAUCUCAUUGGUGACUGCAUUGGAGGAAUUUUGGGCUUUGAUGCCAUCUGCUAUAAUUCUAAUACGGCUGAUGAGAGUCGGAACAGUAGCAGGAGAGGAAGCAUCAGCAGCAUCCAGGAUAAUCCCCUCUUAGCAGAGGACCCCGGUCUGGGUGGCAGCAAACGCCUGAGCAAGAGCAACAUUGACAUCUUGGGAAUCACGGCGGAUGAGAAGCCAAGGCAGCCGUUGUCUAGGAAACAGAGUGACUCAUCCACCUAUGACUGUGAUACUAUAGCCCAGCAUCAUGCUUUCCUGUCUAGCAUCCACUCAAGUGUGUUGAAAGAUGGUGCAGAAUUUCCUCCUGUGAAUUCCAGUCUCUCAGAAGUAAACCUGGGCCGAUUUGAAUUUGAGGUGUCUGAUUUCUUCCUCUUUGGAUCGCCGCUUGGUUUGGUGCUGGCCAUGAGGAGUAUUGUUCUGCCUGGCCUGGAUGUGUGCCAGGUCCGCCCAGCCUGCAGCCAGGUGUACAGUUUCUUUCACUCUGCCGACCCCUCUGCCUGCAGACUUGAACCAUUGCUGGAGAGAAGGUUCCAUCUCCUGCCUCCGUUCAGCGUCCCGCGGUACCAGAGAUACCCGCUGGGGGACGGCAGAUCUCACCACCUCGGUGAUGCUAUCCACAACCACAGUGCUCUGUUCCUUGAGAACAGCUCUUUGAACAUACCUUUCUCUCAGGAGAGUCCUGGGUCUCCAAAUGCAUCUGAUCGACCACAAGGAAAAACAAGAAAGCUGAGCUUGGCCAGCACGAACAGUGAAAACUCAGGGUCAGCAGAAAGCUUGCCAUCAGCAUACCUCAGCAGCAUUACUGCAAAGUGGUGGGGAACAAAACGGAUAGAUUAUGCCUUGUAUUGUCCAGAUGUGCUGACAGCCUUUCCAACUGUGGCCCUGCCACAUCUCUUCCAUGCCAGCUACUGGGAAUCGACAGACGUUGUGGCCUUCAUUUUAAGACAGGUGAUGAGGUAUGAAAAUGUGAAUUUCAAGGAAAAUGACAACCUGGAUCCAGCAACACUAAGUCCAUCCAAUCCACGAGAAAAAUGGCUGCGCAAAAGGACACAUGUCAAAUUGAGAAAUGUGACUGCUAAUCACCGGGCUAAUGACGUCAUUGCAGCAGAAGAUGGUCCUCAGGUACUGGUUGGGCGCUUUAUGUAUGGACCUCUGGACAUGGUGGCUUUAACAGGUGAAAAGGUUGAUAUCUUCAUAAUGACUGAGCCAUCUUCGGGUAGGUGGGUGUACUUUGACACAGAGAUAUCCAACAGCAGUGGACGGAUAUCCUACAACAUACCCACACAGAAGAGACUGAGAGUUGGUGUGUAUCCCAUCAAAAUGGUGGUCAGGGGGGACCAGAGCAGUGCUGCAAGUUACCUGACUGUGCUUCCCCGAGGAAUGGAAUGUGUUGUCUUCAGCAUUGAUGGCUCAUUUGCAGCAAGCGUUUCAAUUAUGGGCAGUGACCCCAAAGUCCGAGCUGGGGCUGUUGAUGUGGUCAGGCAUUGGCAGGACCUGGGAUAUCUGAUUAUCUAUAUUACUGGCCGUCCAGAUAUGCAAAAACAGCGUGUGGUUUCAUGGUUGUCUCAACACAACUUCCCACAAGGGAUGAUCUUCUUCUCAGAUGGACUUGUUCAUGAUCCACUGCGACAAAAGACCAUUUUUCUCCGGAAUCUCAUGCAAGAGUGCCACAUCAAAAUCUGUGCCGCAUAUGGUUCGAUGAAGGAUAUUUCUGUGUACAAUGUCUUGGCUCUGUCGCCAUCCCAGAUCUACAUAGUUGGACGAUCAACAAAGAAGUACCAGGCACAGUGUCAAUUCCUCAGUGAAGGUUAUGCAGCCCAUUUGGCAUCGUUGGAGUUCAGUCUCCAUUCACGACCCAAAAAGAACAACUCUCGGAUGAUCUUGAGAAAAGGCAGCUUUGGCCUCCACUCCCAACCCGAGUUCUUGCGCAAGAGAAACCAUCUCCGCAGGACUAUGUCUGUACAGCAACCCGACCCACCUUCUUUGAACCCCAAGCCAGAGCGUGCCCAGAGCCAGCCCGAAUCAGACAAAGAUCACGACAGGCAUUUGCCCUCCAUUGCUUGGGUUCGAGGUGGAGUUCACAAAUUUGAAUCUGUCCCCUAGGAAGCUUGGGAAUAUAGAUCUUGGGUGCACCUCAUUAAACUUGUAGGCAUGCCUCAAUGAUAAUUAGGCAGCUUCAAACUAAGAGAUGUAGAGGGGAACCUGUACCUCAGAGUCUUCCCUGUUCUGGAAUUUGCCUUCUUACACCAACCGGGGAACUUCCAGUCUGUUCCUCUUGACAUGUUUAUUAGGAAAUUUUAAAACAAUCUGAAACUAUCGCAAGUGCUUCUAACAUCAAAGCAACAUGAAAUAUCUUUGGCUAUUUUUACAACAGAUAAUAACAAAUGUGCAAUAAGAGAAAAAGCUGUAACAGGCUGAUUUUACUCAGAAGGAUUGAGGUAUCAGCUAACUAGCUGUGCCCAAACCAGUAUAAACAGUAGGUCCCAUAGGUUACAGAGAAAGUUUACACUUUAAACAGUUAUAUCUGUUUCCACUUGACUUUUGGUACACUUGGAAGGGAAGCAGAAGUGGGAACUACAAUAAUGGGUGGUCAGGAUUUGUACAGCAAGAUGCUUUUUGGGUGCCUUAAACCCAAGAUUUCCUUUCAGCUUACAGUGUUGGUCAACAGGCCCCAACAUGGGCACUCGUGUUUGUGUGAAGUGCUGGACAUCAAGUAAAUGGGAGAACUCCACUUAUGAACCAAAUCAUAAAAAUUUCAUGUUAGAAAUAAAUGUGUCUGCCACAGUUUUGAAGCAGUUAGUGUUGCUGUAUACAAAGUAAUGUGCAAGUGUACUAAGAUCACAUUGUUUUGUGGAACUUGGUGACUGUGUAAAAUGUGUGGACUACUCCGAGUAAGGAGAUGGCUCUGACCAUCUCUGUUCGAGAGGCAGAUCCUGAGGUGGUGAGCUAACGGGAGCCUUUUUACUAAGGGAUCUGCAAACUUCAGAGCAGUCGCUUUUUUUCAUUAUUCUAACUAGAAUCUUUACACCAGAGGAGAAAAAAAAGUAAUGGAAUUCCUGUGGGUAAAUUGUUUUCCUUCUUGUGGUUUAUAGCAACUACUGUUUAGGACAAUCUGUAGUAUUCAGAAUUACAGCACUUGAGCUUCAAAGAAUGGGCAUACCAAAUUACAGGUGCCAAAUAGACAUUUUCCUACUGAUUUAAAUUUCUCUCUGAUCUCUUAGUGAACUCAUUAGAAGUAAAAUGUGUGAAAUCUUCCCCAGGUGGUAAUAUUUCUGAAGCGUUUUAGUUAGUUUAACAUAGUAGCAGUUUGUUCAUGUACAUACUUCUGCACUAAAUUCACACAGAGAACUUCUAUGACUGAACUGGAGCAUGUUUUAAAACCUGCAAUGAAAUUACAAGUGCACAUAAACCCCCCUUUUCUUUAAAAGUUAAAACCAGACUAUUGACACUGAGAAAGCUUUAAGUCAAAAGGAGAUUUCUUCUUCAGGUUGAUUUGUUUGUUUUUGGUUUCAGGGGGUCGGGGCGGACAGGGUGUUGUGCCCACCCCAACCCCUGACGUUCAGGUUUGCCUGGCCUGUAGCUGUAUCAGAAAGUCUUUCAACGAGCCUCGUUAAUGAUUUUGAAAGUUGACAUGUAAAGCAAACAGGAAAUGCAAUGAAAAACUAUUAAGGCAGUGCAGGAGUAAACCUAGGUCUAUACUCUUCAUUUACUCAAACGUUUCAGUGUGCUUUUUGAAUGGCAUAGUAAUGUGACUUUUGCCUUAAAAGGCAGCAAAGUAGCUUAUAGAUGGAGAUAUUUGAUUUUUUUUUAGGCGUUACAUGUCUAAAAAUUGUCAGUUACGUAUUUCAAACUACCUGAAAGAUCUCUGGUACAUCAGUGAUUUGUUUUUGAUAAUGCUUUCUUUGAGGGAAGGGGUAAUCUUUGCUGAAGAGUUAGGAGACAUAUUAAACGUUUGGUAGCUCACACUAAUUGGGAGCAGGUAACAACUGCAUUACAGGGGGCUGGGAUUUUAUGGUCUGUUGCCAAGUCAGGCAGCUACAAAAGCUAAAUGAAAGGUAUCCACAAACUACAUUGAGACAGUCUUCAGGUUUACAAAUUCUUUCCCAGUAAGAUCAUACCUAGUUCUUUAACCUACAAACCUGGAGGAAUUAUUCUGUGUUCUGUCGUGGCUUACUGUGUGUAUUAAUUCUAAUCACGUGGUGUUUCCUCUCCUGUCCUCUGCGGCCGGGAGCAGGUGGCACAGGUACACCUGACUCCUCCCUCAGUCAGUUCCUGCUUGCUGGUUUUAAACAGACGUGGGAAUCCAAGGCCUCUGGGGAAGGCACUCGCCAGGCAAAUUUUAAAUGUGCUGAGGGGACCUAAAAGCAGCGUUGAUUGCAAAGUUCUCUUUAAGCACUGGGUGUUGUGUAGCAUGUCUCCUGACAGUAAAUACUGUUCCUGCUGCAAAGUUCAAAGCUCAUGUUGCUUUAGCCAUCUAUCUCUAUCAUUCAAAAGACUCCAAAAUCUGUUUUUUAAGUUGCCGUAGUAGAAGGGCCUACUGUCUUUCAAAAGGGGCAUCCUGUGUGUAAUUUUGUGACUGUAUUAAAGGAACUAGCAUCUGAGCACAAGGUCACAGAAAUCACCUAGGUUGUUAAGGUCUGUCUUUUACUCCUGCAGACACAAUGUCAUUUAUUAGUAUCUGGGUCACCUUUACAGUAGUCACUGUGCUGGCUUCUCUUAAGAAUAUCAUGAGCUAAUAGUAGUAAAACAAACACUAGUGUGUGUGCAUGAUCUAGAGUGGUAGCAAUUACAGAGUUUCUACACAUGGUAUUGAAAUCAAGCUGGAAAUAUUCUCCCUAUGUUUCCUAUCAUAUACGAGGGCUCAUAUGGCCUUUGCAGAAUUCCAACACGACUUAUUGCUCAGGGAUAGAAUGGUUUAUCUCCUGACCACUUGCCUCCAGCUGAGCACUUUGGCAAACAGUGAUACAGGCAUCAGCUUGGAGGUUAAGGCUUCAUGUUAAUCAGGAGCUGAUCUUCUGAAACAUCAGGUGCCAGACGCACUUGUUUUGAAAUCACUAGCCAGCUGCCACUAAAACGGUCAACAACAACAACUUCGGUUGAAGCUGAGGGUACGUACCAGUGUGAUUUUUAGACAUCUCUAGCUAGGCUGGCAGUUGAACACGCACUCUGGGGCAGUGGCUGGGAACCUUACACAUGUUGAACUAGCAGCUUUUUUUUUUCCUAGGGUGAUCCCUGAGGUUUUCUCCAUGAAACACUAGUUUUAGAGCAUAAUUUUUUCGAUCGUAUUUUCUCUUAAAACACUUCCUUCUGGUUAGAAUUUUAGUUAUACACUUUGUCCACAUGAAACUGCAUGCAGUGGUUCAUGGGUAUUCAGUUUGCAAUUGGAUUUCAGUUUUAAUUGUGCUUUCACAGAAGGAUUAUCAAUCCUGCUAAGCAGGACAUUUGCUAAGGAUAAGAUUGGUCCUACAAGUGUUCUUACUCUCUGAUUGCAAGUCUUCAUUGCUGCAGUUUCUUUGCAGUCAACAUUUACUCAAACUUUUUAGGCUAUGGAAGUGUUAAAGAUACACAAAGGGAAAGGUCCGAGAAGUCAGGUGGGAACGGUGGCUGCAGGUUGGACUCAUCACUAGUUUCAGCACCUUUAGUGCCUCCUGUUACAGAAAAGCACAUUCUUUUACCUGCUAAGUGGAGGGAGCAUAAGCGAAACUGUAAAACACAAGCUUGUCAUUCCAGUGGGUGCUGAGGCAGCAGUACAGCUCAGCACAAAGCAGGCCACAGCUGGAAGCGUUCACUUCGUUGCCUGUUGAUAUGGAUCCUGUUUUAAAUUAUGUAAAAAAAUGGCUACGACUAAUAGCAGUGGUAGAUUUAUCCAAGAUAUUUUUAAAACAUCCCUUCACAACUGUGGUGUUUUGGUUUUGUGUGUAUGUGUGUGUAUCUACUGGAAGACACCUUAAGGGAAGUUUUGGUUCUGUUGUCACAGCAAAUUUGUAACCAAUAUACUUUUUAAGAAACAAACAAACAAAACACAACACCACAAAAAAACCCCCAACCAAACACUAACCACACAGCGCUGGUUGUAUUCGGUUUUGUUGUCUAGUUAAGUAAGUUUGAAAAAAGGUGUCGUUGUAUAAAGAGUGCAGAAUAUUCCAUAGACCUGAAUAGUGAUGUUGAUCCAAAUCUGCUUAUUUUGAAUAACUUUCUUAAAGUGUUUGCAUACACUAGUGCUCUUGGAACAGAAUCUUGCUUGACCAAAGUACUCCUGUUUAGUUUUGUGGCAUGAUUUAUCUCUAUUCAGCAUAAAAUUUUGUUAGGUGUAAAAAUGACAUGGUAUUGGUAAUUGUUCUUGUUUAUUGGGGUUCAUGAGAACUGCCAUUUUGAUUUAUUUCCAUGAGAACGGAGUCUAAAUUCUUACAGAUUAUUUCACCUGUUCCUUUAGUACUUAGGGAAGUCACUUCUAAAUAGAGUUAAAACUUGAACUGGUUAUGUAGAAGUGGAACUAUCAGUAAACUGGUGGAAAAAAAAUGACCGUAUCUUAAUCUACUAUUAAAGUAAGCAGAACAAUGACACUUUAUCUGGGAGCUCCACCAUUCUGCAAGAUAGCCUUUGUUUGCCAUUAUCCGUGAACAAGUUGUCCCACUUAUACAUUGCAGUCUUUAGUGCAGGGCACUACUAAUGUGUGUGUUUAAGCAAAUCCCCAAUACUUAGAUAUAUAGUAUCAUAAUGUACUUCACAUAAUAGAUUCGGAAGAUAAAACAAGAGUUUUUUCCUUCUUUCCUUACUGUUUCCUGUCUCAAAUUUGCUAAAAACUUUGUUUAUAAGCAUUUUUAUAAUACCCAAAAUCAAUAGGUAUUUUUGGGUUUUAAAAUUUGUAAGUACAACAAUUGUUACUGAACAAACAGGAUUUUGCCCAGGUUUUUUUUCCCCCUCUUGCCUCUAAGCCACAGAAAGGUGAGUACAUCAUAAACAUACUAGAUGAUUAGAGUAUGGGCACCUUUUUAAUAAGCUCAUUAGCUUAAUAAUGGAGAGAAGAGAUCGUACACUGCAAUGUCAUCAUUUUUCUGGUUAGAGCUAAAAAUGUGGGAUCUGAACUCAAGAUUGCUGCAUUGAAUUGUUCAUUUCAGGCAUGCAGGGGAGAAAGUGGCACUUUCCAUCCUCAUCUGGAGCUGGUAUAGGAUAGAAUUCCCAUAAACACAAAACUUUACAACAUACUUCCUCAGCUUCUCUAAGAGCAGUGAUUCCUCAUGAUCCGUGUUCGUAGCUUCAGCAGAAGUUGUGGGGUUAACAAGGUAAUCUGACUUCGUGAUGUUUAAUCACUCAAGUGUAAAUACAGGUUCCUACAGCUGAUCCUAAAUUCAGCCCCCCUUAAAAAAUUGAGGUAAUAACACGUUUUUUUUUUUCUGGAUGAAAAGAGCUCUUUUUUUCAGAAAUAAGAAAUGGCCUGGAGCAGCUUAGAAUCCUGUGCCAUGGACUCUGGAAUUGAAGUCAGGUGUCGGUAUUUCCUCUCUCCCUCAUUUUAGUUCAAGCCAAAGGUAAGGGGAUUACAGUUUACCAUCUACUUGUAUUUCUCUCAAUAAGAUGCCUUUGAAACUGGAUAUAAUUGUGGUGGGUGGGGGAAUGUGGAACAAAUUUGCCAGUUCAUUUCUAACUUGUAAGGAUGUACAGAACUCAUGGGCGGGGAAGAGAGAGCGGCAGGUUUACUCUGACUUGCUUGGAGCUGAUAACACCAGAGAUCACAACGUACGCGCCGUUUUAGAUUGCGAGCUUUAAAUACAGAGCUACGCCGGGAGGACUGGUGUGGGGCCCAGAAUGGCAGUCCUUUCACAGAACCCUUUCUGUUUGUGGGGCAGGGAAGGGGCCGGUCCACUUACAGCUGAAUUAAUACAAGGAAACUUGAAAUUAUACAUGUUCUUUCAGUCUAUAGUUUUAUUAAGUGCAUACUUUUAAAUAUUGUUUGUCAGUGAGAAGGUUCUAUCUGGUGACAAAUGUUUAUAUUUCUUAUGGCUGCCUUGUAAAGAUUCAAAAAUGUACAAUAAUGAAUUUCUUAAUAUGAAAUAAGGAGUAAGAUUUCUACAACUGGUAUAGAUUUUGAUGUGAGAUGGUUUUUAAAGUCUUAUAACAGAUUAGUCACUUAAAUAAAGCCUUCCUUGCCUUUAAACAAA